AUGACUGGAGUUGCCGGGAUUCUCUUAGGGUCCGCUAUAAGUUUUGCAAACAUUCCUUUAGUAUUCGCUCAAGAAAACAAGCCGAAAAAGCUUAGUAUAUAUGACGACCCAAUUCCUGAAAUAGUGCUUAUAGAGUCACCUACCAAAUUGGAACAAGAUAUAAGGAAAACCAGAACUAAAAUUAUGCAAACUACUAAUAAAUUAGAGUAUAAUUUACGGGAUGUCAUAAACAAAUGGAUCGAGAUCGAACAGAAAACUGAAAGAACAAUAAAAGAUGUAAUUGAUCCUCAUGAACGAUUUAUGCCAGAAGGUUUAUACAUAGUGGUGGCAGGACUUGCUGGUACAAUAGCAGCUAGGAAUCCAUCAUAUUACUUUAUUCCUCAAACAUCACACAACAUUUCUUCCAAAAUUCGUGAAUACGAAGAUCGAUCACCAAAAUUUAUGAAAGUUCAUAAAUCUAUAACAAAUGUAGUGGAUGAACAAAAAGCAGAUGGUAUCUUCCUGGUACGCCUGAAAAGAUCAUUUAUUGAGGUUAGGCACCUUGAAAUGAGUGGAGGAUAUGGCCACCAUGAGAUUCCACGAUCUACUUGGGAUGUAUAUUGUAAAGGACCCUUGGGAAGCAUGUACAUGCUUGAAAAGAUUGAAGAUAAAAUUGAAUUUUGGCAAAUGUACAACUCUGCUCAAGGAAUUUUACAAUGGGAACGUAAACAUAAAGCAAUUGUUCCAAUCUGUUAUGAUCGAACAAUUACAAUAAUG